ACGUAACGGGUUCACUACGGAGGCUGAGAAGGAGAGAAAUGUGGGCACGAGUGGUGAGGCUGGGUCUUAGAGCGCGGCUGGGCGGCUGCCGGGGCUUCACCUGCAAGGCAGAUCCUCAGGGAAGUGGUCAGGUCACAGCCGAGACGAUAGAACACCUGGAGCGUCUGGCGCUUGUGGACUUUGGCAGCCGCGAGGCCGUCGCGCGGUUGGAGAAAGCCAUUGCCUUUGCCGACCGGCUCCGUGGCGUGGACACAGACGGGGUGGAGCCCAUGGAGUCGGUACUGGAGGACAGAUGCCUUUACCUGAGAUCUGACGAUGUGACAGAAGGCAACUGUGCUGAAGAACUAUUACAGAACUCCCAUCGGGUCGUGGAGGAAUAUUUUGUGGCCCCUCCAGGUAUGUGUUACCCAGAGUGGCUUAACAUAGUCACACAUGAACUAAUGAAGGUAGGAACUGCGAAGACCUAAUGAGCUAAGUGAAAGCACCUUAGAAAGUGUAACGUGCAUACAGAUGGUGGCAUUCAGGUGGCAGUAGAGUCCAGGGGUCACGCUCACCUUUAGCGGCCCAGUCAUAACAGAAAUGAGCAAACCAGGACUAGGGGGUCUAUGUGUACACGUCUGGAGUUUGAGCUCUGCCUGAAGGGGCAGCUAGCAUCCACUGCUUCUCAUUUGGUGCCAGGCAAGAACGCGAGCCCGUUUUCCCAGAGAACCUGGACAUCUGGCAUUUUGUGUGAUAUUCUCCAAGUUUUAAGUGUUGGCAACUAAUUCAACAUGUAAAAAAUACUAUGCAGGGCAAAUAAUAUAUACCUGCAAAGCCACAUGCAGUUGUUAAUUUCCCCUGGUCGGCUCAAAGGUUACCUCUUUGUUCAAGACCAACCAGUUACACGAAAGUUCUGGUUGAAGCCAAGGAUUGGAAGCUAGAAAAUAUGAGCUAAACUCUUAAAAUGUGUCUGAUUAACUACUCCAGUUAACUGUGGAGAGAAAUUUUAUAAUCACUUCAUCUCAGAGCCUAAGAGUUGUCACUGCUUACAUAUCCGUUGAUCAUAGAUCCCACUGCCGUCGAGUUGAUUCUGACUCAGUCACCCUUUAGGACAAGGUAGAACUGCCCCGUAGGGUUUCCAAGGAGAGCUGGUGGGUCUGAACUGCCGACCUUUUGGUUAGCAGCUGUAGCUCUUAACCACUGCACCAUCAGGGUUUCCUGAUCAUAGGUAAGUUCUCUCAAAUAGAACCUUGCUUCAAGCUUUGCUGCUUAGGACCAACUGAGUUCAGUCUCUUCCUUCUACCCCUAUAUGCACACAUAUGGCUAAUUAGCCUCUUUAUUGAAAAGCAUCCAUUAAUUUAGCUUAGCUUAUAACCGUGAUUCUUUUAGAUACUAAUAGUUAGAAAAACAAGACAGUAGCUACACUUACUUCCAUUGCAUAUUUUCCUGACAAACCAAGUGAUUAACUCAGUAGAGCGUGCUGGGCAGCAGGCUCAGCUAUAACAUUCUUUCUUGCUAUUGUUUGCAAACAGGUAAUAUCUCUCUGGCAAAGCUGGAUGAACAGGAGCCCUCCCCACGUGGCUGAGUAGCGAUUCUGUGAAGGGAGUAUCCUGUGAACACCUGACAUCCCCAAUUCCUUCAGUCACCUGACAAAAACAGACGCAUAAGUAUUUUUCAGUAACUGACUCUUCCGAAGGCAGAACUUAGAAAGAUCUGGCCAAAGGGAGGCAAUGAAUUCCUGAUGCUAGUGGAAAUAAAGGGCCUUGUGAGCUCUGGAGGAAACAGAUCAAGUGCUCACUUACACACCUGUUCACUAUGGAAGACACUGUCUCUUUUGCCUCCCCUGAAAAACGGCUGUAUACAAAACUUCAUUCAAGUUUUUCUGUUUAUGUAAAUGGUAGACACAGCAUCUGAUCACUUUGACAACCCGAGUUAUCAUUUUUAGUUGCUGUUUUCUUGACCUGAGCAGCAGCCUUAUCUCUAACAGUUCAUCUCAGAUUUGUUACUCACUUGGUUCAAAGCACAGGGCUUUUUGCUAAAGUCUGAGGACUGUUCAAAGUAGACUAUAGUUAUUAUAUGCAUAAGGGAUACUAGCCACACCUACAGUUUCUCUUUCUGAAAAGAUAACGUAUGCCUGGGACAAAGUAGCCCCCCGCCCCAAUCUCCCUCACUGCUGCGAUUACUGAAUUGAAAUGAAUAAAAGAUGGUGUUUUCUGUUUGUUCAAAAACGUCAGAUACCCAGGAUAAAUGAGACAGACCUAGGGGUAAAAGUGAAAGAGCCUGAUUUUUUUUCCCCCUAACCAAUCUGCCACGGAAACCCUGGUGGCACAGUGGUUAAUAACUACAGCUGCUAACCAAAAGGUCAGCAGUUCAAAUCCACCAGGCACUCCUUGGAAACCCUAUGGGGCAGUUCUACUCUGUCCUAUAGGGUCGCUGAGAGUCGGAAUCACUCCACAGCAGCAGGUUUGGUGUUUUUUUUUUUAAAUCUACCAAAGUUGGUUUUGGCUAAGAAUUUCCCAAUGAUCUUUGUGCUGCAGCCAUGUUUUUAAAAAAAAAAAAAAAAAAAAGCCCAUUUUGAGUCUUCCCAUUCCUGAUGUGCAAUGCUCCCUUUUUAAGGCAACUUACUUUUACAAGCUUGGCCUUAAACUAUAAGAGAUCUCUGAACCUGCCCGUAGGAUUGAAAGUCUCAAACCUUCAGACCAAUUUAUCUUUAUCCCCAUAUAAAGCUACACAUUCCUGCUCUUUACUAAUUGGUACAAGUUGCUACUACAACUCCAUGGACUUUUUAAACCAGUGUACUUGUUUGGUGAAAUCUGUGAACUUAAUCAAGGACAACCACACAUGUCAAUUACUAAACGUUUAAAAUAUAUUUCUAAACAGAAUGGGCCAACUCAGUCACAGUUACUGCUGAUCUCCAUAGCAGAGCAACCCACAAAAACACACAGCACUGAUUUUUUUUUUCCCAUAAUCAGGGGUGAAAAAUAUACAACUUGUUUCUGAACCAAAACCACAAUUUCAGCAGUUUAAAAUGUUUCACUGCUAAUAAUGGCCCUGGUAGAAAUUAUGUAAGUUUUUUUGUGUUUUUUUUUUCCUUAAAAAAAAAAAAAAAAAAAGAAAAUUAAAAAAAUU